CUUCCAUCUGGUGGACCUGGGACAAGGAUGGUGGGUGCAAAGGCCAUCGCAGGCCCCAGCAGCUCCCUCCACCUGGCACAGCAACGCAGUGGAGUCAGCAGUGUCACAGUGAAUCCUCCCGUCUAUCAGGUGUCUUGCUGUGGGCCUGAUCCCUGUACCUGCUGCUGCCAUUGUAGGUGGCCUCCUCUCACAGAGUCCACUUGCAGCCGCCUGUUCUACAUCUUCCUCCACAUAGGGGCCUCAGCAGUCUGCUGCCUCCUGCUGUCAAGGACAGUAGUGGAGCGGGUCUGGGGCAAGGCACAUGGUAUCCAGAUGCCCUCGGGAUUGUGUGCCCAUCUGUUUGGCCACUCUCACUGCCCAGUGCUCAGUGGCUCUGGGGCUGUGUACCGAGUCUGUGCAGGAACCGCCACCUUCCACCUGCUGCAGGCUGUGCUGCUGGUCCACCUCCACUCCCCUACUAGCCUGCGGGCACAGCUGCAUAAUAGGCACUGUUCGCUCUUUGCUUUUUCUUCUGAGCCUGAUUUUCUUUCCCUCCCAACCAGCUUCUGGCUCCUCAAGCUGCUGUUCCUACUAGGUCUCUGUGCUGCUGCCUUCUGCAUCCCUGAUGAGCAUCUCUUCCCAGCCUGGCAUUACAUUGGCAUCUGUGGAGGCUUCACCUUCAUCCUGUUGCAGUUGGUGCUUAUCACAGCCUUUGCCCACUCCUGGAAUAAAAACUGGCAGACAGGUGCAGCGCAAGACUGCCGCUGGUUCCUAGCCAUGCUGCUGGCCACCCUAGGAUUCUACAGCAUGGCAACUGUGGCAGUGGUGCUCCUGUUCCGCCACUACACACACCCAGCUGGCUGCCUGCUCAACAAGAUGCUGCUUAGUCUGCACCUUUGUUUCUGUGGCUUCCUCUCCUUCCUUUCCAUCGCUCCUUGCAUCCGCUUCAAGCAACCCCGCUCUGGCCUUCUACAAGCCUCUAUCAUCAGCUGUUAUAUCAUGUAUCUGACCUUCUCUGCACUGUCCAGCCGUCCUCCAGAGAGUGGUAAGGACAGGACAUUAAUUCCCCACGCAAAUACUUUUUUGCUCUUGCCAAAUAGCUUUGUUCUUACAUUUCUCUUCUUUUGCCCCUUCUCAGUAAUCCUUCAAGGACAGAAUCACACUCUGUGCCUGCCUGGCCUGAGUACAAUGGAACCCCAAACACCAGAUACUUCUCUGGCAGUGCUGAGUGCUGGCAUCAUGUAUGCUUGUGUGCUUUUUGCUUGCAAUGAGGCUUCCUACCUGGCUGAGGUAUUUGGGCCCUUGUGGAUCGUCAAGGUUUACAGCUAUGAGUUACAGAAGCCGUCACUCUGUUUCUGUUGCCCUGAAACAGUGGAGCCAGAGGAAGGGCAAAGGGGAGGAAAUGCCAAGCCAGCUGACCAAGAGACCUCUCCAGCUCCUCCAGUGCAAGCCCAGCAACUUUCCUACAGCUAUUCUGCCUUCCAUUUCGUCUUCUUCCUUGCAUCACUCUAUGUCAUGGUUACCCUAACCAACUGGUUCAGCUAUGAGGGAGCAGAAUUGGAAAAGACCUUCACCAAGGGUAGCUGGGCUACCUUCUGGGUCAAGGUUGCCUCAUGCUGGGCCUGUGUACUGCUCUAUCUGGGGCUGCUAUUAGCACCACUCUGUUGGUCCCCCACGCAGGACCCCAAGCCUCCUCCUAUCUUCAGGCAACAUUGCCAUCGCAUCAGUAUUGCCAGGUAACAAGUAUCCAAUAGAGGUACUUUUAACAAACUGAGGUUCCCUUGAGGUUGUACCCCUAGUCUUGAUUCAGGGGAGCUGUCCAGCCCAGCAAAUACCUUAAGAACACAAUGGGCAGUUACCUCCUUUUAGACUGAAGUCAACACUAUGUCUGAAUUGGAAAAAGUGACCAUAUAUACGUUAAUGUUCGGGACAAGUAUCUGACUUGCUAGAGCUACCAUUACAUCUUCACCCCAAUUCAAAAGCUAACUCCCAAGUCAGGAACCACUGCUGAUUCCAGCAGACAGUGUGGCACCAGCCCUUUCCUGGCUCUCGUGGUAGAGAUGGGGCAGGGAAAGACCCACAGGGACUGAAGACUUAAAUUGGCUCUGCCCUGGGAGAUAAAAAGAAACAUAAGCAAUUCAGCCCUGGGCACAGGAAUAUAAGAAGCCCAGAACCCCAGAGCAAACCAGGACACAGGAAGAAAAGAGCACAGAGACUACCCUAGGUUUUAAUCCUAAUCUUGAGGUCAAAGGAAGUGGGGAAGACAAAAAUCCUCACUGCAUGAGGAAUGACAGAAGAGAAUGUGAAUACUUGAAAGCAGCUAACCGUGGGAAGUCUGUGAGCAGCAGGAUUUUGGGGCAAACAAACUGAGGAAGAAUAAGGAAGAGGGACAUAAACUUAGGUCUUGGAGCCUUCAGUAGGCCCUCAACUCCAUCCCUUGGAUGGUGUUUAAGGUCUGGGUGGGGGGCAAAAAUCACAGAAAAGAAGUGGUUUUUAGAGGAUUCCUCUACCACAUACCUGGAGUACUUGUCUGUUUGUUGUAGUAUAAUAAAGGAUUUUUCUGUGAUGUUUCA